ACCACUACUAUAUUAGCACUAGCGUUAGUGCUUCAUUGACUGCACAGUCUCGCUACAAAAGUUUCCAAGUCCUGUGCAAUAUGAAGGGGAAUCGUUGGUUCAAUACCUUCGUCCUGUUAAUCCUAACGCUUAUGAUCUUCCACCGAGGAAUUUGCCAUGCUCGGCCUCACCCUUUUGGCAGUGGCUUCGUUCAAACAAGAGGAACCAACUUUGUCAUGAAUGGAAAGCCUUUUUACUUGAAUGGCUUCAACGCUUAUUGGAUGAUGAUGUUUGCAUCUGACCCUUCUACAAGGAGCAAGGUUACAGACGCAUUCCGAGAAGCCUCCAGGCAUGGCAUGAAUAUAGCAAGAAUUUGGGGUUUUGACGAUGGUGAUUACAAGCCUCUUCAGAAUUCUCCUGGCUCUUACAAUGAGGACGUGUUCAAGGGACUGGACUUUGUUGUAGCAGAAGCAAACAAGUACGGAAUUCACUUGAUUCUGAGUUUGGUGAAUAACUUCAAGGAUUACGGAGGAAAAAAUAAAUAUGUUCAAUGGGCAAAGCAACGGGGUCAGAACCUGAACAAUGAAGAUGAUUUUUAUACAAACUCUCUUGUCAAAAAAUACUACAAGAAUCACGUUAAGGCAGUGCUCACGAGAAUCAACACGAUUACCGGAGUGGCAUAUAAAGAUGAUCCUACCAUUUUUGCUUGGGAACUCAUGAAUGAACCUCGUUGCCCCAGCGACCCCUCUGGAGCUCAUCUUCAGAGCUGGUUAAAAGAAAUGGCUGCACAUGUCAAGUCCAUUGAUAAUCAUCAUCUACUAGAAAUAGGACUUGAAGGAUUUUAUGGGGAAUCCAUGCCAGCAAAGAAACAGUACAAUCCAAAUAGUUAUCCCAUUGGGACUGAUUUCAUUUCCAAUAAUCAGAUCCCCGAUGUCGAUUUUGCUACUAUUCAUCUCUACCCUGAGCAGUGGUUACCAUCAACAAAUUCAAGCGAUGAGGCCCAGCUUGCUUUUGUAGACAAAUGGAUCCAAGCACAUAUUCUAGACUCCAAUUCAGUACUGAAAAAACCACUUGUCAUAGGAGAGUUUGGCAAGUCUUCCAAGUUGCCAGGAUACAGCUUGGAGAAGAGAAACUGCUAUUUCCAGCGGAUUUACAAUGCUAUCUACAGCAGCGCUAGAAGUGGGGGAUCAUUUGCUGGUGGGCUUUUUUGGCAACUCAUGAGCGUUGGAAUGGAUAACAUGGCAGAUGGCUACCAAGUUGUUCUGGAACAGAGCCCUUCAACUGCCAAUAUCAUUGCUCGGCAGUCUCACAAGCUAUCAUCUCUCACUUGAAGAUGAUUAGGGAUUCCUUAAAUCAAUCAAAAUAUUAUUAAUGUACGACAGGCCAAAUCUUGAAAUGAGUUUAGUUGAAUAAAUGUCUAUUAAACUACAUUUGGACAUGAUUUAAUACCAUUGACCACAUUUCAAGCCAGUCUAUAUGCUUGAAAAUAACAUUGAAGUGUGCUUAAUGUUAUGUUGUGAAAUCGAUGAAAAUUUGGUGCUAAUCUGCCUUUUAGUUCAACCAAACUUACACUUGCAUGCACGUUUCAUUUCUUUGUUUUUCCAUCCAAGAGGCCAACAAAAUUGUUUGAGCUAGCACCUUGAACAAGCCACAAAAUUAAUCAAAUAUAAUAUAACAUUUACACUGCACUACAAUGUAAAUCAACCUCACCAACUUACUGAUAUUUUCCCGCAUGUCAGUUUCAAACCAAACUUUGGUAAAUCAAAAUGCAUAUGAUUGACCUCAGAAGG